AUGGAGUCGAUGGGAUUAUUAUUGUGCUACGCGUUGUGGUGUUGUAUGUGUUCGCUCGCUGGCGGCGCGUCGUUGACGAGUCGAGUGGCGGAGGCGCCGCAGGAGUGCGAGUGGCAGCGCGUGUCGGGCGGGCCCGGCGAGCCCACGCGCGUGCAGUUGGCGUGCUCGCUGCGGACCGCUGCCGGCGCCACCGACUUACUCGCUGGACUCAGUACUUCCCAAGCGCAGCGCAUCACCGCGCUCGACCUGCACUGCACCGACGUAUUGUUCUUCGAGAGCUCACUCGACGUCGGCAGAAGGAAAGAGGAGGGAACAGAACUACUAUCCCGCUUUCACAAUCUGAAGGAAUUGCGGAUAGAGUCGUGCAAAAUAAGAUACGUGCCAUCAGGGGUACUGUCGCCUCUCAGUGGCCUUCGCGCGUUGAGUAUACGGACCCACAACACCGACUGGUCCGCCAUGUCAAUGGAGUUUCAUAGAGACACAUUCAGAGGUCUUACCGACCUUAGAAGUUUGGAUUUGGGCGACAACAACAUAUGGGUACUCCCGUCGGAGAUAUUUUGCCCGCUGUACAAUUUAAAAGAGCUUAACGUAACUCAGAACAGGCUUCAAGAUAUAUCGAAUUUGGGCUUCUCUGACUGGGGAAAUGGUCCGCAAGCGCCCGGGAAAUCUUGUAACACCGUGUUAGAGACGCUGGAUAUGUCGCAUAACGAGAUAAGUGCGCUUCCCGACAACGGCUUGUCCAGUUUGCGCGCUCUACAGAAACUAUUCCUACAAGACAACAGGAUAUCAGCUGUGGCGGAUCGCGCAUUCGUCGGAUUGAGCGAUUUACAGAUUCUUAACUUGUCCACGAACGCAUUGACCGCGCUGCCACCCGAAAUGUUCCAGUCGUCGCGUGACAUCAAACAAAUAUAUUUGAACAACAACUCGCUGAGCGUGCUCGCGCCCGGUUUGCUUGAGGGGCUCGAUCAGCUGCAGAUACUGGAUUUGUCCGUCAACGAAUUGACCAGCGAGUGGGUGAACCGCGACACGUUCUCGGGACUGGUGCGGCUCAUUGUUUUGAACCUGUCGCACAACCGAAUCAGCAAGAUCGACGCGCUACUGUUCCAAGAUUUGAACAAUCUACAAUUCUUAAGUUUGGAGUUCAACAACAUUGCGCGUAUAGCGGACGGCGCGUUCUCCAAUCUGAAGAAUCUGCAUUCGCUGUCGCUUGCGCACAACAAUAUCAUCGAAGUGGACAGCAAUCACUUCUCGAAUUUGUACGUGCUGAACCAAUUGUUCCUGGACGGCAACAGAAUAACGAAAAUCGACUUGCGCUCUUUCGAGAACAUAACGAAACUACACGAUCUGGGCCUCAGCGGGAACCAGUUGUCCGAGGUGCCGGAAGCUAUAAAGACGCUUAGAUUUUUGACGUCCCUCGACUUGGGAAUGAACAGAAUUACCAAAGUCACGACUUCGCAGUUCGAAGGCCUGGAUGAUUUGUACGGGCUGCGCCUCGUUGGGAAUAAAAUAGAAAAAAUCUCGAAGGAUACUUUCGUUGCGCUACCAUCGCUGCAAAUAUUGAAUCUAGCGUCGAACAACAUCGAUCAGAUAGACGACGGCGCCUUUUCGUCUAACCAGCAAUUAAAAGCUAUCGGAUUGGACGGUAACAAAUUAGUGGACUUAAAGGGCAUAUUUACAAACACGCAGCCCCUUGUUUGGUUAAACGUGUCAAAUAAUGAGUUGCUUUGGUUCGACUACAGUUAUAUACCGAACAACGUCGAAUGGCUCGACAUGCACGAGAACAAAGUAGAAAAGCUCGAAGACACGUACGGCUUAAAAGAGUCGUGUAACAUAAAAAUGCUCGAUGUGAGCCACAACAAAAUAAGAAGUCUCGACGAGUUCUCAUUUCCGAGCAGCGUUGAGACUAUUGUUUUAAACAAUAAUCACAUAGAGGAUAUAAGUCCGGGGACGUUUUUACAGAAGUACAACCUGAACAAAGUGAUGCUUUAUUCGAACAAGAUAAGGACGUUGGAGGUAGGGGCGUUCGCGAUAUCAGCUGUUUCGGAGGACAAAGACCUGCCCGAGUUCUAUAUCAGCGAAAAUCCGUUCGAGUGCGACUGCACAAUGGAAUGGCUACAGAGGAUUAAUCAAUUAAGCGACCUCAGGCAGCGGCCGAGGGUGAUGGAUUUGGAGAGUGUUAGGUGCUCCCUGACGCAUUCACGCAACAAAUUGGGCGUGUACCUGCUCGAGGUUAAGUCUUCCGAGUUCUUGUGCAAGUACGACUCGCACUGUUUCACCCUGUGCCAUUGUUGCGACUUUGACGCGUGCGACUGCAAGAUGACUUGUCCAGAUAACUGUACGUGCUAUCAUGAUCUCACCUGGAACUCGAACGUCGUCUAUUGUUCGAACGCCGGCUACGAUCACGUGCCGGAGCGGAUGCCGAUGGACGCGACCGAAAUCUAUCUAGACGGGAACGAUUUGAGAGAGUUGGGAAAUCACGUGUUCAUCGGUAAAAAGAGGCUGCAAGUACUUUAUCUGAACAACAGUAACGUAAACACAAUACAAAAUAGAACGUUCAACGGCAUCGAAUCGCUGAGAGUGCUGCAUUUGGAGAACAAUAAGCUCGAGGUGCUCAGGAAUUCGCAGUUUACGCGUCUUCCUAAUCUGAAUGAACUAUAUUUGAACGACAACAAAAUAAAAGUGAUCGAGAACGACACAUUUAAUUAUUUGCCCUCGCUGGAGUAUUUGAAUCUCGACAAUAACGGUUACGUCGAUUACAUGCCGUGGCGGGUUAUAACGGACAACAAUCCCCGCACACGUGUCUCCGUUGACGGGAACAACUGGAUAUGCGAUUGCAAAGACGUCGCUCAGCUGAAUCAAUGGCUGAUGAAAAAAUCCAAAGAUACAGAGACGAUGAUGUGCUACUUUGCUCACGGGCAAUCUAUGAAUAAAACCAUCGCGACCGUGGCGAAGGAAUGCAAAACGGAGACCACUACGGAGGAGACGGGGACGGAGACUCUGAAGCGAUUAUUCAUCGAGACGAAUGACGGCGUGGAAAAUUACAUUCCAUAUAUCGCCGCUGUGUUGAUAAUAGUAAUCAUACUCUUAGUGAUGUGCGCCUUUCUGUUCAUGUUCCGUGAGGACUUUAAAUUAUGGAUGCAUUCGAAAUACGGCGUUAGAGUGUUCAGUUCGACGUCGAAGGACAUGAACGACAAUAAAAACAAACGUUUUGACGCCUUCUUCGUGUACAAUCCGCGUGACGAGGAUUUCGUGACGCGCGCGGUGAGUUCCGAAUUGGAGAAUUCGGGCCACUCCUUGUGCCUCCAGCACAGGGACUUGCAGUUAAUCGAGAGACGCUCCGGUGACAGUUUGGUUAGUGCCUCCGAAAGCUCAAGGCGGCUCGUCAUAGUGCUCUCAAUAAACUUUCUAGAGCAGGAAUGGUACGCGCCCGAAUCUAAGGCGGCGGUGCAAAGUGCUAUAAACUCUGUGAACGUUAGGCAUAGACGUCAAAAGAUAAUCUUCCUCGUGACCACUGACCUGAGUGCCAUAAACAUCGACCCGGACCUCAAAGUGUUGUUGAAAACGUGUACAGUGAUUGUGUGGGGCGAGAAAAACUGUUGGGAGAAGCUGAAUUUUCGGUUGCCGGACGUCGACGUGACGCUGCCGAAUCGGACGCUCCACAACGCGAACAACAUCAAGACCAGUAACAGGGAGGCGUUCGGGCGCCAUGGCAACCUGAGGUACACCGCGCCGCCCACAUCUCAGGACCCAUGGUACAAAUACGGGAUGGCGCCCCCCAUCCUGAUGAUGUCGAGUCCGAUGCACUCGACGAGCGCCAGCGCUGAGGUGUCCGCCCGGAGCACCGAGGACGAGACCUGCUCUGUGGCCAGCAGCGAGGGCAGACCAGACGACCGGCUGCCCCACCACCACAGCUACGUGUCCAUAGACAACCACCAGUGCGAGGAGCGGCCCCUCAGGCCCGCCCAACAGAUCCCCAUGUCGAACACCAGGCCCAGUAAUGUGAGAAAGACUUACUUUGUU